CAUGAAAAAUCUGAGAGAGAUUUUUAAAACUUUUUGCUUAAGAUUGGACAAUAUUCUAACAAAAUACUCUCUUACAGAGAUUGGAAUUGAUUUCUGCAACGGUACUUGUGAUGUGAAUGCCAAUUGCGUUAAUGACUCCACUACUUCUCAACCCAUCUGCUCCUGUUCUGCUGGAUAUUCUGGGAAUGGAACCUACUGUGCAGAAAUAGACCCCUGUGCUGUGGAUAAUGGUGGCUGUUCCAAAUAUGCCAACUGUACCAAAAAAGCACCGGGCAAAAACAUCUGCACUUGCAAAGAAGGCUAUGCGGGAGAUGGGACUUUAUGCUUGGAACUGGAUCGGUGCUUAGAAAACAAUGGAGGAUGCCACCAAAACGCAACAUGUAUUAAAGCAGGGCCAGGUUUGGUUGCCUGUCACUGUCUUCCCUCGUUCACUGGGGAUGGAAUUACCAAAUGUGAAUAUACUGAUCCUUGCCUGGAGAACAACGGCGGCUGCAGUCCACUAGCGUUGUGCCUUAAAACUAAAAAUAAUAAUCGAAGAUGCAUUUGUUUAUGGGGGUCUGGUGAUGGCUUCACAUGCAUACGGACUGUAUGGCAGGAACUUACUGCAAGAAAACCUGCCUCUGAAUUUUUUCAUUAUAUCCGGGGUCAUGGAAUUACAGAGAUGAUGGGGAAGGGACCAUACACCAUUUUCGUCCCACAUGUUGAUUAUCUACAGAAAACAACUACAUUUUCAGAGUGGGAAAAAGGUGGCUGCAUCAAAGAUCUGCUUCGCUAUCACAUAGUCAGCUGUCAGAAGCUCCUAUCAGAUGACUUGGAAUCACAGGAUUCUAUAACAGCUUUAUCUGGUCACAAAAUAAGAGUUUCCAUAAAAGAGAACAAUGUGUAUUUAAAUGAUGAGGCAAAGAUAAUUGAAAGUGACAUUACUGGAGAGAAUGGAGUCAUACAUUUUAUUGACGGGAUCUUAACACCAUAUGUCCUGCAGCAUCACUACAUUUCAUGCAACUUAUCCCAGAAAACCAUUACAGAGGUCGCAGAGGCUUAUGGAUACAAAAUUUACAGCAGGCUUCUAAAGGAAGCAGGACUUCUUAAUCUGGUCAAUAAUACCUUUCAUCAGCCAUUUACCAUGCUGUGGCCAACGGAUGCAGCUUUUAAUUCUCUUCCUGUUGAGAUGCGAAAAUGGCUAUAUCAUAAAGACCACAGGAGCAAACUGGUUGCUUAUCUCAAAGGACACAUGAUCUGGGACACAAAGGUCUUGGCUUCCAAACUGACAGAAUCAGGUUCUCUGAGGACUUUGCAUGGCUCACUGAUUUCAUUUAGCUGCAGCAAAACAAAUGCAGGGGAUAUUGUGGUGGACAAUGGUAAUGCAAGGAUUGUCCAGAGGUAUAUGGAAUUCAAUGUGGGUAUUGCUUAUGGAACUGACCAUCUGCUUGAGCCUCCAGAUUUGGGAUCCCGUUGUGAUGAGUUUCAAACUGCUGAGAUUUUAAAUAAUCUGUGUGGCCCUUGUGGCUAUGAGAAGCCUUGUCCUUUUGGAUCAGUGGAACAGGGGGAAAUCCAGAGCUGCUAUUAUUUUGAAGAUGUAUCUCCCUUGUUUUCGUGGCGCGGCAAAAUUGAAAGGAUGCGCUUCCAGCCACAUUUUCGAACGCGAUCCCAUCAGUGGAGGACUAAAAAGCUUUUCACUAAUGGGUGCAGGAAAACAUGCUUUGCCACCAAGUGGGUACCCCAGUGUUGUGCAAACCACUAUGGAAAGGACUGCCAGGUGUGCCCUGGAGGGUUGGAGGCACCAUGCCAGAAUCGUGGUACAUGUGAUGAUGGGUAUAAAGGGUCAGGACAGUGCAACUGUAAUGCAACUUUUGUGGGAGUGGCUUGUGAACACUGUGCUCCAGGACACUAUGGGCCAGACUGCAAAGAGUGCAAUUGUUCGGGGAAUGGGAUAUGCAACGAAGGACUGCUCGGAGAUGGCUUCUGCUUCUGCUCUGCAGGAUGGACCGGAGAGCACUGUGAAACCAAACUAGCUGCAGUGCCUCAGUGCUCCCCAGCCUGCCACCCUCAUGCUGUCUGCCGAGCCAAUAAUACCUGUGAAUGUAACCUGUAUUAUGAGGGAGAUGGAAGGACAUGCACAGUGAUUGACCAGUGUGGAGACAACAAUGGUGGCUGCAGUGACCAUGCUAAGUGCACACAGAAUGGAACGGAUGUCUCCUGCACCUGCUUAAUGGACUACCAGGGUGAUGGCUACAUCUGCAAUCCUAUUGACAGAUGUGCAGAUGGAAGGAAUGGACACUGCAGCGAGCAUGCAAUUUGUAUUAGCACAGGUCCAAAUACCCGGAGGUGUGAAUGCAAGGCCGGUUACGUUGGAAAUGGAAUCCAGUGCUUGGAGGAAGCUAUCCCACCUAUAAACCGUUGCUUGGAAGUGAAUGGGCAAUGCCAUGCAGAGGCUAUUUGUACUGACCUGCAUUUCCAGGACAAAACGGUUGGUGUGUUCCACCUGCAGUCUCCUGCAGGAAAGUACAAUUUCGCCUAUGAAGAGGCUGAAGCCAGCUGUGCAGCUGAGGGAGCUACCUUGGCCACUCUCCAGCAGCUGUCUGCUGCUCAGCAGAUGGGUUUCCACCUGUGUAUAGUGGGUUGGCUUUUUAACCAUACAGCUGGUUACCCAACUGUAUACCCCAGUCAGAACUGUGGCACUCACCAUGUGGGGAUUGUAAACUAUGGCUAUCGCAACAACAGUGAAAAGUGGGACGCCUACUGCUAUCGAACUCAAGACGUAGAGUGUAACUGUAGGGAAGGGUUUAUUGGAGAUGGCUAUUCUUGCACAGGCAGUCUUCUGGAUGUGCUGGCUCAACAUGCAAAAUUCUCAGUCUUCUAUUCAAUAAUUCUGGAUUAUGCUAAUACCACUCGGGAAGGAGAAGAUUUUUUAAAUUUCCUCUCUGCAGACAUCACUUAUAAAACUCUUUUUGUACCCUUGAACUCUGGCUUUGGAGAUAAUACAUCUUUAUCACUGAAGGACCUAAAACUUCACACAUCAGUGAGUGACGUUGUCCUCUUAAGCUCCAAUCUCACCGCUGGUACAAUUAUACCUUCCCAAGCAGGAUACAAUCUUUCCGUUGCAGAGUCAUUGAAUCAUACUUUUCUCAUUGUUUCUGAACUGAUUAACAAUACAGUGAUUGUUGAAUGGGAUAUUCUGGCCUCCAAUGGAAUUAUUCAUGCUAUUCAGAGCCCUUUGAAGGUACCUCUGCAGUAUAAUCAGGUUUUGAGUACCACAAAACCAUCUGCUGCUAUGACAAUUGGCAUAAGCACUGUUGUUGCUAUAGUUCUGCUCUGUGCAAGUAUUGCUGGAUUGUCCUAUUUCUGCCUCAAAAGGAGAAACCAACAAAUCCACUUUCGCUAUUUUAGGGCUGAAUUAGACGACGAUGAACCUUCCUGCCAGGAAAGGAGCCCACACUCAGUAUCCAUUCCAAAUCCUAUUUAUGGAGCAGAUAGCUCAAUCUACGAGCCAUUUGAGGACACUCUCCACAGAGAAAAUUUUGUCGAUACUGAAGACAUUCUUGGACAAUAAUGAUGUACUGCAAUACAAACUGGAAAAAAUAUUCCAGAAGUUUUGAUAUUUUGAAGAAACAUUUUAUAUACCUCAACUCUAUUCUUUUUAAAGUUAUGGGAAGGAAUUAUGAUCCAAAGAGCUAUCAGCAUUUGCAGUCACAUGAAGAAUUUCCAAUCUUUUGCUUAGAAUUCAUUCUCUCAUAUUAUAUUGUAUUGCUUCUUUUUAGCAACCUUCAGGAAUAAGUUCUGAGUAUAACUGUAAUAAGAAUGGAAAGAACUUGAAAACAUACGUAGCAUGCACAGAAUCCUUUGGCUUCUGUCCAUGAAACUUCAAGCAUCUACUUACAAAUGACUCAUGAAUGUGUUUUUAAAUGUAUACUGUGAGGAACCCUGAGUGGACCAAUGAAAUUUUUGUUCAGAGUUAAUGAUUGGCUAAAUUUACUCUGAAACUGCACUAUUCAACUUUCUUUUGAUAUAUAUUUUUUAUCUGCUAAUGAAAGAUUGUCAAAAACUACUCGUAAACAGCACAUAUUUGUAAUCCUCCUGAAUUA